UACAACUAGGACGGAUGCUCUGCUUCGCCGGAACUUUCAUUGCUUUGCUUUGGUUCUUUGCUGCUUUAUGACACAGGAUUGAAGGCUGGUGAAGAAUUUGGUGUUGUGGUUCCUGUGUCGUGACUUGAAACACGAAAGUGGAUAUGAAAGGAACUCUACAGCGUCCCUGAAACCUCCCGAAUUCGCUCGCAGCCGCCAUUUCGCGCAUGCGCAGUUAGAUGGCGACCCGAUCGCAGCACAUUUAUGAUGGCGCCUGCAGAGUGUGUCAAGUGUGAAGAACCUGCCGAUGUAGCCGACCAUUUCUGAUGCCCAAAUGACAGCAAACAGUGCCAGUAUGGGGGAGCAGCCCAUCUUUUCCACAAAAGCGCACGUCUUUCACAUCGACCCGAAAACGAAGCGAUCCUGGAUUCCGGCGAGCAGCCAAGCGGUCAGCGUCAGCUUCUUCUACGAUUCCACCAGGAACCUCUACCGAAUCAUAAGCGUCGAAGGAACCAAGGCGGUGAUCAACUCGACUAUCACGCCCAACAUGACAUUCACGAAGACCUCUCAAAAAUUCGGGCAGUGGUCUGACAUUCGAGCCAACACUGUUUACGGGUUGGGCUUUGGCACGGAGCCGGAUCUCAAUAAGUUCAUCGAGAAGUUCCAGGAGGUGAAGGAGGCGACCCGGGCCGCUGCGGCGGCAUCCGCGGCAGCAGCAGGGGGACAGCAGAAAGCGAACGGCAGCGUGGUGGUGGGAGGGCCCUUGGAGGACGCGGCGGGGGACGACAAGUCUCUGGUGGCGCAUCAGAGGAGCCAGAGCCUCUCGGGGUUGCAGCCAAACAGCCCCAAGCACCAGCCCAAGGACAAGGCCUCCCUCCCGCAGUCCACAGUCGAGGCACAGUUGCGCUAUGAAAACGAUAGGCUCAAACUUGCCCUGGCACAGAGUUCUGCAAAUGCAAAGAAAUGGGAGGUAGAACUGCAGACCCUGAAGAACAACAAUGCCCGUUUGACGUGCGCGCUCCAAGAAAGCACCUCCAAUGUGGAGGAAUGGAAGAGGCAGCUGCAGGCACUCAAAGAAGAAAACACAAAGAUGAAAAGCAAGGUCUUAGAACUAGAAGCAAGCCAUGGAAAUCCAGAUGCAAUUGCAGAACUAAGGAAGGAACUUGGCAGUUUGCGAAACAAGUCUGACAUGUUAGACCAUGAAGUCAAGCAGAAAGACAAGGAAAUCGAUGCUUUGAAACGGAAGUUCGAGGAUCACACUCAGGCAGGAGGUCACAAAGUAGAAGACAGGUUAAAGAUGCUGCUGACAGAGAAUGACGGGCUGAAAGGCACUGUGUCCCGCUUACAAGAGCAGCUCGAGUCUAGUCGCUGCUCCGCCAAGGCGAAGCACGGCGCCUUAGAACAGCUCAAUCAACGUCUCGCGCUCAAGCUCCAGGAGCUCCGCGAUGUUCAGCACGAAAUUGCCUCCAUGAUCAACUCUUGAUGAGCGUCUUUCUCUGGCUUUCCCGGCUCAUGCUGCCAAACUGCCAAAAGUACCAACAUUCACUGACCUUUUUUUGUUUUUAUUUAUUCUCUUAAGACAUUUUCUCUCUCUCUUUCUUUUAUACUCUUUUAAGUUGCCCCCCCCACCCCCCCUCCCCAUCUUCGGUUUUAUCCUCAACCCGCGCACGUAUUGUGUCCGUGCGUGCAACAAGUGACAGACGCGAAUUUCACACUCACGCGGAUUUCACGAGGUGUUGGAACGCCAAUGUUGACUUCGUCCUAGUGUUGUUUUAUUCCACGGCCAAAGAUCAUCUGUCGAAACUGACUGUGCUCCCUUCCAAGUCAUGCACGUGGGACUUUACAAAAAAAUUGUGCAGGACGUUGGAAGACAGUUGGGAAAAGUUGUGGAAGUAUUUAGUAAUCUCAACGAUGAGUUGCUCUUUUGUAGCUUGUAGAAGUGUCAACAUUUUUAUGUUGUGCAUUUAGCUGCUGGUGGCCAGUCCUGGUCCCCCUUCUUCUUUCCAUGUGCAGCCUAAUGUAUAUUCGUUUUUUUAGUAGUGUAUAUUAGCGGAGCAAUGUUUCUGGACAAGGUGGAACAUAAGGCUAGAGCUCUCUAAGUAACACGUUUGGAAGUAACCACAACUUUGCAUUUAUAGAGUUUGCCCACUUGUGAGUAUGUGAAUAGGGACAAAUAAGGGCAUCUGUUUUUAAUUAAGUGUCAGCUGAAGUGCAGUGGGGUGAGGAGAUAUUGACGGAUCUUUGGAACGUACAUGAAGCAUACAUUCUGCAUGUUCUCUUUUAUUGUGACCACAAGUGUUUCUUUGUUUACUGAAGGCCUUGAUGACGCAGACCGAGGAAAUAUUUUGUUUCAAUCAGCAUUCUUGCAAGAAGUUACCCUAGGCACCCCAUUAAAGCUGUGAAAUUUUCGAGUGUAUCAUAUUUAGGACCUGACUUUUUUGGGUACUAUUUUGCAGCAACAUCGGGAGGGUUAAUAUCGGGUUAUAUUUUGCUUCAACAACUCUGUUGGAAUGGGGUUCUCCAGCACUCUGCGGGAAAAUAUCGGGUUAAGCCCCGUUUUUUGUUUAUUUGAAUCCGGGGUAAAUAUCGGGCGUAAUCGGGUAUCACCCUAAAAAGUCAGGCCCUACAUAUGAUGCAGGUAGGAAUUCUACUGAUCACAUCUAACACAUACACAUAUCAUGUGCUGCAGAAAAGCAAUGUCAGUCAACCUGCCAUCGUAUCGGUGCUCAUGACAAGCUUUAGGAAACUUCAUGUUGUCAUUUAAAUUUUGACAUGCAUCUUUAUGAUGUAGUACUGGAUAUAAUGCAAGCGAGUAAUUGUUGUUCUUUAAGUGCGACCAUUUCUUUAGAAAUGAGAAGUCUAAAACAUUGGUCAUGUCACAAACCACACUUCACUUCAGACCUUCAUUAUCAUUUUAGUAAACUUCCUACAUAGUGUAGAACUCGUCUUUUGACCAUGGAAGAAUAUGUACAAACUCCCAGGUUCCAACACAUAGGGUGUUACCAGGGUUCCCCCCCAAUUUAUAUAUUGUUGCUGAAUAGGAGGUCGCUCACAAGUGAACAUGAACUCGAUCUGAGAUUGUUUUGUCCUGUGCGUAACCAUGUGCAUAUGUCUUGUAUUUAGAAACCCCAUAUUGCUUGUUGCUUUAGGACAAUGUUCCGAAUGGAGUGGAUUGCAGGAUGGUACAUAGUGAUGAAAUUACCGUCACUGAGAAAAGCUACUGUUUGUAAUUUUAAUGAUGCAGUUUUUAUGGCUGAAAAGAGUCUUUAUUCACUUUCUUCAGGGAAUUUGAGCGUGGUAAAAGUUGUAGUAUACUAGAUUGCAUUAUAUUAGGUACCGUCUGAGCUGGUAUUUUUAAGAAGUUGAGAGAUGAAGUAGUUUGACAGGCGUUUCUGUAUAGUAAAACCUUGCUGUACUGAAGUUAUGAAGCCACUUAGGCAGCUUAAUUGAUGGAGAAUUUGCGGAGCUGAUGCAUACGCACGGAAUAUUCCUCGGCACAUUAUAGUCGUCGUCGCUCAUGCGCCAGUAAAAACUAACUCAGCGGCGGCAUACACACGGAAACGACGAAAAGAAGGUUGAGCAAACUCAGUGAACAACAACAACAACUUUAUUUUUAAUAUGAUGAAUGGGGAGUUUCAUCGCCAAAGCUCUUAGUGAAGUGUUUAAAAGACACGUUUAAAAACAUGUUAAUACAUAUGUAUUUCAUGUGUGGUUUUACCGAAGGGAAUCAAGAUUUCCUACGAUGAAAUAUUAGUGUGUCAGCGAAGCAAAGGGGAAUAUCAGGAAAAGUGUGCUGUGUUCCCUGUAGAGUCAUUUUGCUCUAGUAUCAGCCUAGUCUUGUUACACGAAAAAAAAAAUUAAUGACGUGAAAAAAUUUGGGGAGACAAAAGUGCUAACUCUCAUCCCGAACACUUUUUAGAACAAUCCCAAGCAGCACAACAUCUUGGCCCAAUAUUGGACCGAUAUUGGCAAUACUGGUCCAAUAUUGGACCGAUAUUGUCCCAAGAUGUUGUGUUGCUUGCGAUAUUAGUCUUGGUGGUAUCUUGCAGAAUCUUCCAUGAUGCACACCAUUAAAAUCCAAGAUUCAUCGCACGAGUACUGGGCAUGUUUCAAAAUCUUGUAAAUGCGUCGCAGAACAUUUCCGGUUAACGUUUAAUUUUUCGCCGCGAUUUGUGACCCCCGGGGCCUUCAUUUCACCGUUGCUCACAAAAUCUGGAAGGAGCAGGUCGUCCAAUUAUUCUGUGUGUAUUAUGUUGCUGCAGCAAAGUUUAUUUUUACAACAUCAACCCUACGUGCAUAUUGCCAGUUGGAAUUCCAUUGCUUUUGCUAAGAAAGCAUACAUACUGGAAGUAUUCUUUGCUUGUCGCCGACCCUCGCAGUGCUACUCUAGGAGUGCUGUUUGCAUUUCUGUCAAAGCCUUUAUUAGUGGUAGUAUACUUUGAACUGGGUUCGUGCACAUUGCAUUUUAUGUUAUUCUGGUGUCAACCCCCCCAAGUGGUGGUUCUAGUAACAUCGAAUUCUUCAUGAUCCUAAUGUGCUGAACAUGGACGUGACCAUGAAAGUGUCUAAUUGGUUCUUGCAUUAAAGAUGCCCCAUAUGCUCCAUAAUGAAGGUCAUACAAAGUAUUUACGUCUGUUAAAUACAUAUAAGCAUUACAUUGUAGUAGUGCGUAAUCCCAUCAUUCCAUUGUACCGUACCUGUUCAACGAGUCGUGACAUGUUUUUUGCAUGCAGUGCAGUUGAGCUGUGACGUCUGGUUUUACUGAUUGUUAACGUUUGGGGAUUGUUAACGUAAGGGAGGCAUAGAGUGUAAAAGAUCGUAGGGUGAUCACUCUUUUCUCACUAUAUUCCCUUGUUCCACAAGUAACCCCUCCAGCGUAAAUCCAGGAGUAGUAAUACCAUAUAAUGUGUGUCAGUAGAGCAUUAGUGUUAGUACAUUUCUCUUGUCACGUUCAUGCUCAGCACUUCAAAAUUUUUAACAAGUGGCUACAUUUAUCUCGGAACCAUGACAUGUGCAAACAUUUGUUAUCCAGUGUUACUGGGUAAGGAGUGGGACUGCUUUUUUUCCUGCUCGCUUAGAAAACAUUGUGAUUUUCUAUAUCAAGGAAGGAUUGUGUUGACAUUAUUUUCAACUGAUUUUUUAUGUGUAAUAUAUACAGAGAGUAUCUCAUUAUGGCAACUUGUUUUUUUUGCAUGUGAAGAACAUGCAGCUGUCUCAUAUAUUAUUUUAUAUAGCUCUGCUCAAAGCCUGUCCCUUUUGCAUUGCAUUCAUUGAUGGCUUUUUUACAAGUUCAGUUUACAUCCAUCAUUUGAGUACAUAAUAAAAAUACAGCUCUUUUUCA